UGUUAUGUCAACAUAGGUAGUCAUUUUUUAACUAUAAAUGUUUAUUGUUUAAUACUUACAAUUUACAGUCAAUAGUAAUUAGUAUUUACUCUUAAUAAUGAAUAAAAACAUCAACACAGACUUCUUCUAAAGUACUUUUUCAAAUCGUCAUAUACCAUUCGUACGCCAUCAUGGAAUCUAAUAAUAAAAAGUAUGGAUUAAUUGUACCUAAAAAAUUAACAGCUGUUCCGAAGAAGAUUUCUAAUGUGUUUGGCGACGAUAGUGAUUCUGAUUCUGAAACGACAAAAAAAAAACCGAUUCAAACAAAUAAUCAAACUAAAGCACAACAAAGAAGUGCACAAUUAUCUAUUGACAAAGCACUCAAAGAAGAUGCAACUGUAUUUCAAUAUGAUGAAGUUUAUGAUGAUAUGGAGAAAAAAAAAGAACAUCACAUUGAAAAAAAGAAAGAUGUUAAGCCACGAUACAUACAAAAUUUAUUAGUUCAAGCUGAGAAACGCAAGAUUGAAUAUGAACGUAGAAAUGAAAGGUUAAUUCAAAAAGAAAGAGAAGCUGAAGGAGACCAAUUCAAGGACAAAGAAGCAUUUGUAACUGCUUCGUACAAAGCGAAACUGGAAGAGUUGAAAAAACUGGACGAAGAAGAUUUAAAGUUUUCCAUGAUAGAAGACAUUAAUGAUGUGACGAAACAGAAAGACAUGGGUAGUUUUUACAGGCAUUUAUUUAAUGAAGAAUUAUGUAAAAAUGCAAAUGAUAAAACUGAUGAAAUGAAAAAACCAACCAAGAAAUCUGAUGCAAGUCGCCAAUAUAGAAAACGUGCUUCUUCAAACACUUCAGAUGAUGAUGAUAAUAAUGCUAAUGAUGAUAGAGAUACUGACAUAUCAGAUUCUGAUUCGUCUGAGGAUUCAAAACGUAGAAAAAUUGAAAUUCAUGAUAACAAAUCUCUGGAUGAAAUUGUCGAUAAAUCGGAAGUAAAAAAAGAAUCAAUUACUGAAAUAAAAAAAGUUGAUGUAAAGGAUACAUCAUCAAAUGAAGAACCAAAACCAGAACUAAAAGAAGAAACUAAAGAAGUACCUAAAGACAAAAAAGUUGAGAAAACUGAAAGUAAACCAAAAGAAAUUAAACCCAAAAUAAAUAUUUGGUUAAAGAGGACGGUUGGUAAUGUUUUCGAAGAAGCACGUCAAAGAUAUUUUCAAAGACAAAUGAAACAAACUAAUUUACAAUAUGUUAGAUCUUAAGGGUAACAUUAUUUUUCUAUCAUUAAGAAUAUGUGUAAGAUAAAUAUGAAAUACAAAUACAUUUCUUAUCCAAAAAAUA